GAUUUUUUCAGGAUUUCCAAAAACCUAGAAACAGAAUUGCUUAAAUAACUAUCUUCCUCUCCUUAUUUCUAGCGUCCUUGCGCCUCUGUCUGUGCAGAAAAAGCUUCCCUGGGAGAAAUUAAUAAAUUAUCCAUGGCUGCCACCACUGCUGCUGUCUCUCAUCUUCCCUCCUCCUCUCUCUCAACACCCAUAACUAAAGGUACUGCCUUGGCUCUGAACCCAAGCCAAAGAUCCCACCUUUCUCUCUUCACCAAACCCCUCCCUAAACCCUCUUCUCUUCCUCACAAACCCAACUUCGUUCCCUCCUCCCAAAGCCCCAUCUCUGAAUUUUUCCCCACAAAUGAAAGCCACCCAGGUGAUGAUUCUGCCUUUCUGUUUUCUGAUGAUGACGAUAAGCCCCGUGAAGAGUGCGGUGUUGUGGGUAUUUUUGAUGACCCGGAAGCGUCUCGCCUCUGCUAUUUGGCUCUUCAUGCUCUGCAGCAUCGCGGACAGGAAGGUGCAGGUAUUGUUGCGGUGAAUAAUAAUGUUCUUCAAUCUAUUACGGGUGUUGGGUUAGUUUCUGAUGUGUUCAAUGAGUCUAAACUUGAUCAGUUGCCCGGAGAUAUGGCUAUUGGGCAUGUUAGAUACUCUACUGCUGGUUCUUCUAUGUUAAAAAAUGUUCAGCCAUUUGUUGCUGGGUACAGGUUUGGGUCUGUUGGGGUUGCUCAUAAUGGGAAUUUGGUGAAUUAUAGAGCUUUAAGAGCUAAGCUUGAAGAUAAUGGUUCAAUUUUCAAUACUAGUUCCGAUACUGAAGUUGUGCUUCAUUUGAUAGCAAUUUCAAAGGCUAGGCCUUUCUUUUUGAGGAUUGUGGAUGCCUGUGAGAAGCUCGAGGGAGCUUAUUCCAUGGUGUUUGUGACAGAGGAUAAGCUUGUUGCGGUGCGUGACCCAUUUGGGUUUAGGCCUUUGGUGAUGGGGAGGAGGAGUAAUGGUGCUGUGGUGUUUGCCUCGGAGACUUGUGCUCUUGAUUUGAUUGAGGCCACGUAUGAGAGAGAAGUCCAUCCUGGUGAAGUUCUGGUGGUGGACAAAAAGGAUGGGGUUCAGUCACUGUGUUUGAUGCGUCACCCUGAGCCUAAGCAGUGUAUUUUUGAGCAUAUCUAUUUUGCUCUGCCUAAUUCUGUCGUGUUUGGUAGGUCUGUUUAUGAGUCUCGUCACAUCUUUGGUGAAAUACUUGCCACUGAGGCUCCCGUUGAUUGUGAUGUUGUCAUUGCGGUGCCUGAUUCUGGAGUGGUGGCUGCUCUGGGUUAUGCAGCCAAAGCAGGGGUGCCAUUCCAGCAAGGGUUGAUCAGGUCUCAUUACGUUGGGAGAACUUUCAUUGAACCUUCACAGAAGAUUAGGGACUUUGGUGUCAAACUCAAGCUUUCACCUGUCCGUGGUGUUUUGGAAGGGAAGAGGGUUGUGGUUGUGGAUGAUUCAAUUGUGAGAGGAACUACUUCUUCAAAAAUUGUUAGGUUGAUUAAGGAGGCAGGUGCUAAGGAGGUUCACAUGAGGAUUGCCAGCCCUCCAAUUAUUGGGUCUUGUUAUUAUGGAGUUGACACACCAAGCUCUGAGGAAUUGAUAUCUAAUAGGAUGAGUGUGGAGGAGAUUAGGGAGUUCAUCGGAUGUGAUUCACUGGCUUUUCUGCCAUUUGAUAGCUUGAAGAAGAUGUUGGGUAGUGAAUCUCCAAACUUCUGUUAUGCUUGCUUCUCUGGGAAGUACCCGGUUAUGCCAAGGGAGGUUAAAGUGAAACGGCUUGGUGAUUUUUUGGAUGAUGGGUUAAAUGGACCUAUAGAUUCCAUUGAUGGAGGUUGGGUUACAGGUCCUCGGCAGUCCAAUAUUGAGAAAAAGAUAGAUGUGCAGUAUCAACAGAGCAAGAUUUAGCCAUAACAGGCAUGUGAUGCAGUGAAGAAUCUUUGAUGCUCCAAAUACAAUAAUGUUUAUUUGUUUCCUUGGAUGAAGUAUGUCCUAAACUCUAAAAGCUCGUACAAUUUUGUCUGGUCAUCUUAGUUCUGCUUACCUAAUUUGAUUUAUGUAUCGGUUGGUUUUUUGCCUUGAUUAUAGACAAUGGAAAUGAGGUUGAACUUUUCAUUAACAUUGCUAUUUGCUCCAGUGAGGUUGUAGGCCCUUCCCCUCUGUUAUUCUACCCAGCUGAAUAUUCAA